AUGUUUUUUUUUAUGUAUAUUGUUAUAUCUUUUUUUUUUAAAUUUUCAUUGAUACAUAAUUUAGUUAAUAAAAGACCAUAUGGUUAUUUGUUAAAUAGUAAGAAUAAUUUUGUAUAUAUAUUAAACAAAAAAAAAGAGAAUAACGUAAUUAUAAAGAAGAAAUCAUCAUAUCUUUUUAAAAUAAAAAUUAAUAAUUUAAAAUAUACAAAAAAUAGUGACAAAGAAGAAUUAAAUGAGCUAGAUAAGGAAAAUCUAGUGAAUAAAAUAAAAAAUGGAGUUGAUAAAUUAUUAUUUGUAAAUAGAAAUAUAAUUGAAAUACAUGAAGAUGAACAAAAGGAAUUAUGCGAAUACUAUACAUCUGAUAUUAAAAAAAAAAAAAAAAUAACUGUUGAUAAAUGGGAAGAAGAAGUUGAUAAAUUAAUAGAAAAUAUAGAAUAUAAAUUACAUUCAGAAAGUGUAAGAACAUAUGAUAAACUAAUAAGAAAUAUAAUUUAUAAUAAUGCAGUUAGUUUAAAAGAUAAUUAUUUAGUUAAGGAUUAUAUAGAUAAAAUAUUUCAUAAAUACAUAAAUUUAUUUUUGUUAAAUGAAUUUGAAAAUAGCCACAAAGAACAUGAAAGAGAUGAAAAAUGUGAUGAGGAAGAAAAUAAAGAAAAUAAAAUUGGUAAUAAAAAUGAAAACAAUAAAAAUUACGAUAAUUAUAUAAUUUUAAAUGAAAAACUAAAGGAUAAUAAUAUGAAUAAAGAAAAUGCUCAAUUUCAUAUAAAAAACGAAAUUAAUGAAUCAGUACAUCAUCAUAUAGUUAAUAAUAAAUCAAAAAAAGAUAUAGAAAAAGGAAUUGAAGACGCAAUGAGGAUUAUUAUAAAGAAAUUAAUUUUAUUUAAAAAAAUUCUAGUACGUUUAAUAAAUAAAUAUAAAAUUGAAAUGACAGAUAUAUAUAUUGAUACACGGACGUAUGAUAUAAAAUUAAAAAGAAGUACUUUUGAAGAUAAUAAUAAAAAAAAAAGCGACUGGAAGUUGAUAUUUUUGGGAACAGGGUCAAUGUAUCCAUCAACAAGUAGAGGUACGUCAUCUUUUAUUUUUCAAACAACAAAAAAAAAAUUUAAUGAAGCUUUUUUAUUUGAUUGUGGUGAAAAUACCUUUAUAUCACUGCAAAAAGCAAAUAUAAAAGUUAGUAAAAUAAAAAACAUUUUUAUUACACAUUUACAUGGUGAUCAUUGUCUUGGUCUGAUUUCAGUCUUAACCAUGCUGAGAAAUGUUGAUAAAAUAAAUAUAUAUGGCCCAGAAGGAAUAUAUAGAUUUUUAAAAAAUAAUUUGAAUUCUACUUAUUCAAAAAGAAUUGCAAAAUUUUGCGUAUAUGAAUUAAAAUUGAGCAAUAAAAAUUAUGAUUCAUUGAACAGUAAUACUUUAAAAAAUAGAAAUAAUUUAGAAUAUAUAUAUAAAAAUGACAAAAACGUUUAUUCUAUAUUAAAAAAUGAUUUUUUAGAAAUAAAUGGAUUUUCUAUUAAGCAUACAGUUCCAACUAUUGGUUAUAUUAUUAAAGAAUUGAAUGUAAAAAAUAAAUUUAAUGCUUCCUAUAUAGAUGAAUUAAUUAAAAAUAAUUAUGAUCAACUGAAACAAUGCAAAAAUUUAGAAUAUGAUCCUUAUAAAAUUUACGAAAAUAUUAUAAGGAAAAUGAAUUCUAAUGAUGUGUUUAUACUUCCUGAUAAAACAAAGUUAACUUUUAAUAAUGCUUAUAAAGAAAUUUAUAAAGAAAGGAAAAUAGUAAUUUGCCAAGAUACUUGUGAUGCAUCUAGUUUAGAAGAUUUUGCAAAAGAUGCUGACAUUUUAAUUCAUGAAUCAACUAAUAGUUUGGUUGAUUUAACUAAUAAGGUUUCAUCUGAUUUUGCAUUUGAAGAUGAUUAUAAUAUACAAAUUACUGAUUAUCCCAGGAAAGAUGAAAUUCAGGGAAAAGAUAAUAUAAAUUCUAUUUUAGAUAAGAAAGAACAUCUUCAUGAACAAGAAAAUGAAUAUAUUUCAAAUGGUGAAAAUAAUGAUAAAAAAGAAAAUGUUACAGAAGACAUUGAGAAGAAAUGUUUAUGCGAAAAUGAAGUAAAUAAAAUGGAUAAAAAAAAAGAAGUUGAUAGCCCCUAUGAAGAAAGAAGCAUUCUUGUUACAAAUGAAGAAAAAAAAGUAAGUAUGAAAAAGGAUUUAUUAAAAAAAAAAAUUGAUAAUGAAUAUUUUAUAAAAAGUUAUAACAAAAUAAUUUCCGAAAGGGGGCAUUCUACUGCUAAUAUGGCAGGAACUUUUGCUAAAAAAAUAAAUGCAAAAAAAUUAAUUUUAACACAUUUUUCUCAAAGAUAUAUUGGUGAUAAUAAAUUAAAAAAUAUUAUUGUUGUUAGAAAUAUUGAAAAUGAAGCUCUAGAAUCAUUUCAGGGUAAUAAUAAAAAUAGUGAACAUGAAGAAAGUAAAGAAUUUAAAAUAAAUAAAGAAAAAAGAGAAAAUACAGAAAACGAAGAAAAUAUAAUGAGAAAUAAUAUUUAUAAAGAUAAAAAUUAUAUUAAUUCUACUGAUAAUAAAUGUGAUAACAAUGAUUUUUAUGAUAAAGAAGUUGUUGCUGCUUAUGAUGGUCUAAUCGUAUAUAUUCCUCCUCAACAGAAAAAAUAA